AAAAAAUAAAAAUACACUCUCUAUUCAAUAUUGAUACACCUGAAUUUCUUUUUCUUAGAUGAUGGUUAUAAUUUAAGUAUUCAAGGGGUCCUAGGUGGUAUUGUCUUGAUUAUUUCAGGUCUAUUGUUAAUACUACGUCCACUUUGGGAUAGAACACCUGGUGGUACACACACUCAAAAACUUGCUGGCUUUAUUACGAUGGGUUUUGUAACUUGGGUUAUGUUAGCUAACUUUGAGCCCUUCCCAGAGACAUAUGGUAGAAAUCGACAAACGAUUUAUUUUAUUGUUCCCUUGAUAGUAGGGUGUGUUUUCAUGUUCUGUAUGACGGUCACUAUUCAACUUUAUUUGAUGCUAUUGGGUGGAUUAGGUGGACUAGCUGCUGGAUUAUGGGUCUUGGGAUGGAAAGAAAGUCUAUCGAUUCAAUCAGAGCAUGGACGUGCCAUCUUUUUAACGGUCUUAAUUGUUUUAAUGAUGGUCAUGUCACUUUAUAGAUGCUUUUGGCAUAGGUUAGGAACUAGUUUAGCGGGUUCUUAUAUAUUUUUUAUGGGAUUAGAUAUUUAUUUUCAUACUGGAUUUUUAUAUUGUUUUACAUCUACAUUAGAUGGACGGCAUGAACAUCAUUAUGUAGUUUAUCGUAGUACAUACAUUAUGCAAGCAUGUCUUAUUGUUGCUUUUAUCAUUACUUAUCUAUUUCAAAGCUCUGGUCGAUUUAAUGAUCAUCUUUUAUUUCAACAUUCUGUCGUUAUGAAAACAAUGUUAGAUCCUGCAUACAAUAAGGCACCCAUAAUGAAUAAUAAUAAUAAUAGUUGGUGGAUGCCAACUAGAUAUAUUCCAUCUACUUGGUAUAGUUGGAGACCUCCUAUGUGGCCUGCCUUCGUUAGUAAUAAUCGAACUACUGUUCCUCCACUUGCAGCAGUGGCGCCCGCUGCUCCAGUAGUUCCUAUACAAUAACGAAUGAAUAUAUGUAUUUUUAGAAUAAUAAAUGUUUAAUAGUAG